CGCGCUGCCUUUAUUUCGUGAGCAGCAGCGGAGUGAGGAGGAGAAGAAGGAGAAGGAGACGGAGGAGAAGGACGAGUGAACCGUGGCGUCAUUGUCGUUACUGCGUAAACACCGCAGCUUCGCGACACUUGUGGACGCCUCCGCGGGGAGACUGUUGACGGCUCGUCCUCCGCGUUGUUUUCAUCUACACGAGUAUAAACAAACGAGUGUGGUCACACCUGCCGAUCCGUCCAAUCGACGACAAAGACCGCAGCAAACCCCGAGCUGCCUCACAGCGAAGAAACCUGGGAGAAAUUCAUUUAUAUAAAAUCCUGGAAGAAGAAAAUCUACUGUCUGCGCUUCCAUGUUGGAAGUCGAUCCCGGCCGAUCCGUGCCGACCCGUGCCGACGCUGCUGCUGCUGCUGCUGCCAGGUUUAAUUAUAGCAACUCUUUUUCAUCAACGUUCACGAGCAGAACUGUGUCUUUAAAGGCUCGUCUGCGUUUUAUUGAGUGAUUCUAUCCCUAAACCUGACCGCACAGACCAGCUUCAUGGUCGCCGUCGGCGAAAGCGUGUGUUCAAUGUUUUCUUAAAAAAACAAAAACAAGAGGGAGGAGGGGAAAAAAAGACUGGAGAAAAAUGUGGGUCACUCCUGAAGACGUGUUACUGGCGGGAGCGUUGUGGAUCACCGAGAGAGCAAACCCCUAUUUCAUCCUCCAGAAACGGAAGGGCCACGGGGAAGGAGGCGGAGGACUGGCUGGUUUGCUGGUUGGGACCCUUGAUGUCGUCCUGGACUCGAGUGCUCGGAUGGCACCGUACAGGAUCCUCUACCAGACUCCUGACUCUUUAAUUUACUCAAUCAUUGCUCAUGGAACCUCCCGUAAAGAGAUCACAGAGCACUGGGAGUGGCUGGAACAUAACCUGCUGCAGACGCUCUCCAUCUUUGAGAAUGAGAAUGAUAUUACUAACUUUGUGAAAGGAAAGGUCCAGGGCAUCAUUGCAGAGUACAAUAAGAACCACGACGUCAAAGAGGAUGACGACACGGACAAGUUCAAAGAGGCCAGCGCCAAGUUUCGUAAGAUAUUUGGGAUGCCCGAUGAAGAGAAGCUGGUCAACUAUUACUCCUGCAGUUACUGGAAAGGCAAGGUGCCUCGGCAGGGAUGGCUCUACCUCAGCAUCAACCACCUCUGCUUCUACUCCUACUUACUGGGAAAAGAAGUCAAACUGGUGGUGCGUUGGGCUGACAUGACCCAGCUGGAGAAGAGUGCCACCCUCCUGCUGCCUGACGCGAUCAAGGUGAGCACCCGCAGCAACGAGCACGUCUUCUCCGUCUUCCUCAACAUCAACGAGACGUUCAAGCUGGCAGAGCAGCUGGCCAACAUCGCCAUGCGUCAGCUCCUGGACAACAAAGGCUUCGAGCAGGACCGCUCGCUGCCCAAGCUCAAGAAGAAGUCUCCCAAGAAGGUGUCGGCACUCAAGAGGGACCUCGAUGCCCGAGCUAAGAGCGAGCGUUACCGCGCUCUGUUCCGUCUGCCCAAAGAUGAAAAACUGGAUGGACACACAGACUGCACCCUGUGGACUCCCUUUAAUAAGAUGCACAUCCUGGGACAGAUGUUCGUUUCCACCAACUACAUCUGCUUCACGAGCAAGGAGGAGACACUGUGCAGCCUCAUCAUCCCUCUGCGCGAGGUGACCAUCGUGGAGAAAGCAGACAGCUCCAACGUGCUGCCCAGUCCAGUCUCUAUCAGUACCAAGAACCGCAUGACCUUUCUCUUUGCAAACCUCAAGGACCGAGACUUCCUUGUGCAGAGAAUCUCAGACUUUCUGCAGCAGACCACCUCCAAGAUCUGCCUGGAGAGGGAACUCACUGGCAGCCUGAACAGCUCUGAUGACGAGGUGUACUCGCAGCACGGGUCCCUGCUCUCCAGCAGUCCGCAGCACAGUUCGGGUUCAGAGGGCGAGCGAACGUUCAACCUCAACGACAGCAGCGUCCCCACGGCCUCACAGGCUCUCAUGACCAUGUACCGCCGCCGCUCGCCUGAGGAGUUCAACCCCAAGCUGGCGAAAGAGUUCAUGAAGGAGCAGGCGUGGAAGAGCCACUUCUUUGAGUAUGGGCAGGGAGUGUGUAUGUACCGCACUGAGAAAACCAAGGAGCUGGUCCUCAAGGGGAUUCCUGAGAACAUGAGAGGGGAACUCUGGCUGCUUUUCUCCGGAGCAAUCAACGAGAUGGCCACUCACCCUGGAUACUAUGAAGACCUGGUGGAGAAGUCAAUGGGCAAAUACAACCUGGCAACAGAGGAGAUUGAGAGAGACCUGCACCGCUCUCUGCCUGAACACCCGGCCUUUCAGAACGAGAUGGGCAUCGCUGCCCUCCGCAGAGUCCUCACUGCCUACGCUUUCAGAAACCCCAAUAUUGGAUACUGUCAGGCCAUGAAUAUUGUGACGUCCGUGCUGCUGCUCUACGCCAAAGAGGAGGAGGCGUUUUGGCUGCUGGUGGCGCUCUGCGAGAGGAUGCUGCCCGACUACUACAACACUAGGGUUGUAGGAGCUCUAGUUGAUCAGGGCGUGUUUGAGGAACUGGCCCGGGAGUACGUUCCACAGCUGUACGACUGCAUGCAGGACCUCGGCGUCAUCUCCACAAUUUCUCUCUCCUGGUUUCUCACUCUCUUCCUGUCGGUCAUGCCGUUUGAGAGCGCCGUGGUGGUGGUGGACUGCUUUUUCUACGACGGCAUUAAGGUCAUCUUUCAGCUGGCGCUCUCUGUGCUGCACGCCAACAUCGAUCAGCUGCUGUGCUGCAAGGAUGACGGCGAGGCCAUGACUGUACUAGGCAGGUACUUGGACAGUGUGACCAAUAAGGACAGUACUUUACCUCCCAUCCCCCACCUGCACUCUUUACUAACAGACAACGGAGAACCACAUCCCGACGUGGACAUCUUUAAGCUGGUCCGCAGCUCCUACGAGAAGUUUGGUUCGAUCCGUGCAGAUGUGAUUGAACAGAUGCGUUUCAAACAGAGGCUGAAGGUCAUUCAAACCAUAGAGGACACGACAAAGCGCAACGUGGUCAGAACUAUUGUAACAGAGACUGCUUUCAGUAUUGAUGAGUUGGAGGAACUUUACGUGCUAUUUAAGGCCGAACACUUGACCAGCUGUUACUGGGGCGGCAGCAGCAACCCCACAGAGCGCCACGACCCCAGCCUGCCCUACCUGGAGCAGUACCGCAUAGACGUGGAGCAGUUCAAGGGCCUGUUCAACCUGCUGUUUCCCUGGGCCAACGGCGCCCACUCGGACCCCCUGGCCGCGCACUUCUUCCGUCUCCUCGACGAGAAUGGAGAUGCGCUCAUCAAUUUCAGGGAGUUCAUCAAUGGCUUGGGUGUUUUGUGUCACGGAGACCUCACAGAGAAGCUGAAGCUUCUCUACAAGAUGCACGUUUUACCUGAAAUGACCCGUGAACAUGAGGAGCCUGAUUCUGCCUUUGAAGCCACUCAGUACUUCUUUGAAGACAUCACUCCAGACCUGUCACUCGGUCAUGAUUCAAAGUGCAGAAGUGAGAAGGAUGAUGGUUUUGUCAGAGUCACCUUUAAGACUGAGAAGGUCAAGAAAUUGAACGCACCCGACUACCACCAUUACCUGAAACUGUGGAACCAGGAGAGCAAAUCUAAACUAGAAAACACAAAACACCUCCCCAAGCUGAAUCAGAGUCAGUUCAUAGAACUUUGCAAGACCCUGUACUGCAUGUUCAGCGAGGAUGUUUCGGAGCAGGAGCUCUAUCACGCCACAGCCACGGUCACCAGUUUGCUGCUGGAAAUGGGAGAGGUGGGAAAGCUCUUCUCAUCCUCCUGUAGAAAUGACCACAACAUGGAGGGUAAAUCUGAGCCCAGCAUAUACACUAGAGAUGCCGCAGAUCCCAAAAUCAGUCAGGACGCCGUGCUCGAUGGCAUGUUCCGGCAGAGGGAGCAGGGAGACACCUUUGUCCGUUCAAAUCUGGAGAACCAGUCAAGGCCGCGCGGGGACGGAAAAGGGGACGAAGAGGACGAGCAGCUGCCGCCGAUGCACGACAUCAAGCUGGAGGACUCGUCUCUCAAAGACGCCGGCACGUCGUCUGCCAUGCUCAUCUCUGACGAUGAAACCAAAGACGACUCCUCCAUGUCGUCUUACUCUGUGCUGAGCGCCGGCUCCCACGAGCUGGACGAAAAGCUGCAGUGCGAGGACAUCGCAGAAGACACAGUGCUGGUGCGCAGCGACUCCGGCGCCAAUGGCGAGAGGAGUAACCGGCCCUGUGGUGGCGGACCCCUGGACAGAGCGCUGCCUCACAGCACGAGCAUUGACAAAGACUGGGCCAUUACCUUUGAGCAGUUCUUGGCCUCCGUGCUCACCGAGCAGGCCCUCGUACAUUACUUUGAGAAGCCGGUGGACGUGGCGUCUCGUAUCACUAAUGCAAAGAAUGUGCAUAAAAUCGGGCGCCCCCUGCUGUCCACAAGUGACUAUGAGAUCUCAUUAUCAGGCUAAAGUCUCAGAAGAGACUUCACACAGACUUUUAAAAGGGAAGCACGAUGAAUCAGCGUCACAGAGAGGUUUAGAUGAAGGUAAAUGGAAAAUCUUUAUGUACGAUGGUUAAAAGAAAGUGACCAAAAACUGCUCUUAGCAAUGUAUUUUACCAGAUGUGAAAGACUUUUAUUAUAACAAUCACUAGAUUCUGUCCAGCUCUGAGGGAACGGGACGUUAAUAUUUAUGUUUGCUCCAAUUAAAAGUGUGUGUACAUGUAGUAGCUGUACUUUAUAAGACAUUACUCAUAGGUGUGGGUAUUGUAAUCGGUUGUACUCUUAGGCUAUGUAUAUGUAAAUGUACACAGAUACAGUCCAGUAGUCUACGGUAUGUACAGUCACCUAACAUUAUAUAUAUGUCAUGAUUUUAUUUGCUGCUAAUCCAAACUCCAAAAAGAUGAUAAAGCUGUGAAAAUUCAAUGUGAGUGAAUUUUCAUGUUACUGUGUAGACUCUCUGUAGCUCAGCACCAUUUAGAUGCAGUGGGUCACUUUGGUAGAAAGUGCUAUAAUCUCUGUCGCACAUGUACGUCCCAGUUUCCCAAUAAUGUCGCCCCUUUACACUUUAUUUCCUAAAUAGUUCUUAAUAGCUAUAAAACUGACAGUCGCAGUGUGUCAGAGAGGUUUUUGACGGUUCAGGAAAUCAAAGUGAGAUAAAUGUUCUUUAUAAAUGAGACUACACUGAGAAAGAUUCUGCACUUUUCUUGUUGUUUACAAUAAUGUGAUCUCACUAAUGUCUUCGCUUGCCUUUUAAAUGGCAACUGUCACCUGCGCUCCCAACUGAAAUGUUGCCAUUUUCCAUUUCUUUAAAAAUGUUUUACAUUUUUUUAGGUUUGUAAAUUUUUUUUAUUAUUUAUAUUGUUUUUUUUUCUGUUGUUGUAUGUACAUUGUUUUGUUUUUUUUAAAUCGUCAGUUUGUUUUAACUCUUGAUGAUUUGUGUAUCACUCCAUCGAAAUCCAUCGAAAUAAAUUUGAUCGUCUCAA